GUGGGAGUGUCGGCCAUCGGGAGAAAUGAACGGUCAUCUACACAGCCGUCUCAGCGCCCAUCAUGUAAUUUUUCUAAAUUUCCACGGAAGCUGUGGGUUAAAGUUCAAGAGCUAUUUUAUUUGGAAAAGUCACCCGGAGGAAGCCUGGCCGGAAAUCGGCUUGGAUUGCUAAGCAUUUUAUUCCCCUGUGUUCAUAAAAGCACAGAUCUGCUGCAAAUGACCACAUGUGAAGCUCGUCGUGAGUUGUGAGUCAGAAGAGAAGAGGCUGGGCUGAUGACAAGCAUGACAUUGAGCCGAGCCACAGAUGCAUGCCCACUCUAAAGCACCAGCUGAGCGGCGUCCCCUCUGCUUCCCGGCUUGCACCCGGCCUCUCAGAGGGGGGUGUGGACGGGGCGUAGCUAGUCCCCUGCAGCCCCUGCAUAGCGCCUCGCUGUGAAACUGGAGGGGUCUGAUGGAUCAGGGUAGUAGUGAGCAGAGUCCAGAGGAGCCGGACGCAGGAGGCCGAGCGGAGCCGGAGGCCGGCAGGAGGGCGUCGGAGUCAGAGCACGGCUUGUCCAAAAUCACCCAUAAUGCCCUGGAGAACAUGGGAGCGUUGGGGCAUGGCCUGAAGCAGCUCUUCCAGCCUCAGCGCCGACGCUCCUCCGUUUCCCCACAUGACUCCGCCUCAGCCUGCGCGAGCGCCCCUCCCUCCGAGCCCUUCGACCUAGGGUCAGAAGUAGGGGACGUUCCGGGCUCCUUGGCCCCCUCCGUGGAUUCUGACAAUCCUGCCGCUUCCGCCCCUCCCGCAGCUCUGAGCCGGGUUCUGCAGCAGAUCCGAGGUCCACCCAUCAUGAAACGAGGCACCAGCCUGCAGAGCCGCCGCAGCAAAGCGGGGAGCUCUGGGGAGGCCCCUCAGAAAGGAAGCCCGCAGAUCCAUCGGCGGAGCACCCAUGAGGCCCUGCUGCAGGCAGGACGCCCACGCUCCUCCUCCACCACGGACACGCCCAGCAGUCCCGCGCUGGUGGACGUGCUGCUGACCUCUGGGUACCACUCCACUGAAGAACCCGACAAGUUGGAUCGGUACGAUGGAUCAGGCCCUGCUGUGUCACCCAACGCCCUGCCUUACGGCGCCGAGGGGUACGACGUGGUUGACAGCACGCCGGACCCCCAGCGCACCAAGCAGGCCAUUGCCCAGCUGCAGCAGAAGAUCCUGAAGCUCACAGAACAAAUCAAGAUCGAACAAACGGCUCGCGACGACAACGUGGCCGAGUACCUGAAACUGGCCAACAACGCAGACAAACAGCAGAGUGCGCGCAUCAAGCAGGUGUUUGAGAAGAAGAACCAAAAGUCUGCUCAGACCAUCCAGCAGCUGCAGAGGAAGCUGGAGCACUACCACCGGAAACUCAGAGAGGUGGAGCACAACGGCAUCCCUCGGCAGCCCAAAGACGUUCUCCGAGACAUGCACCAGGGUCUGAAAGGUGUUGGAGCCAAGGUAACAGGAGGGCUGUCCAGCUUUUCUCAAGCUACUCAUUCUGCAGCUGGAGCUGUGGUGUCCAAGCCCAGAGAAAUCGCUUCGCUCCUCCGGAACAAGUUUGGGAGCGCCGACAACAUCGCCGCUCUGAAAGACUCGCUGGAAGAAACGCCAGGAGAAGAGGGCAGCUAUCCGGGGGGGUCACGACCUCUGGGAACAGGACAGUUACAGUCCAGCCCCAGAUACGGCAGCGAGGACGACUGCUCGAGCGCGACGUCUGGGUCUGCCGGAGCUAACAGCACGCCCGGGGCCCCAGGUGGCCCCCCCAGCUCCAGGGGGAAUACUCUCGAUAAUGCACAAGGCUCGGGGUUUGAUGCUUUACUCCAUGAGAUCCAUGAGCUCCGGGACAACCAGGGUCGACUGGAAGAGUCAUUUGAAAAUUUAAAAUCCCACUAUCAGCGGGAUUACACCAUGAUCAUGGAGGCUCUGCAGGAAGAACGAUACAGGUGUGAACGAUUAGAAGAACAACUCAAUGACUUGACAGAAUUGCACCAGAAUGAAAUCCUGAACCUGAAGCAGGAACUAGCCAGCAUGGAGGAGAAGAUUGCCUACCAGUCUUACGAAAGGGCCCGAGACAUACAGGAGGCGCUGGAGGCUUGUCAGACUCGCAUAUCCAAGAUGGAGCUGCAGCAGCAGCAGCAGCAGGUGGUGCAGCUGGAGGGCCUGGAGAACGCCACGGCACGGACUCUCCUCGGAAAGCUAAUCAACGUACUCCUGGCCGUCAUGGCUGUCCUUCUGGUGUUCGUGUCCACCGUGGCCAACUGCGUUGUCCCCUUGAUGAAAACACGCAGCCGCACGCUUUCCACGCUGCUCCUCGUGAUCCUGCUCGCCUUCCUCUGGAGGCACUGGGAGGCUAUGUCAGAGUAUCUGCAUCAUUUCCUGCUAAACCCCAGAUGACCUGCUGGGAGAAACUAAUCAAAGCGAUGAAAAGGACUGGGGGCUCGAAGAUCAACGGUUAAAGGGAAGACGCAUAUACUGAAGGUUGUGUCUUAAUCGUCCAGUUGAUCAUAUUUCUCUAAAAGCACUCAGGAGUGUAACAGAGGUUUGUCACUUUACCACUUUGUGAACUUUGUACCCAGGAGAAUAAACUCAAGAACAAGGAGAUAAAAAAAAAAGCCUGGAAGUUGGGCAUCGACUUUAAAUCACAGGUGCAAUGGAGGCACAAGCACACGCUGUGAAAGUGACGGGGGCGUAUUUGAAGGAGGAGCUGAGAGAACUGCACACUGGAUUUCUCUCUUCUGAGUGAAUUUGUUUACAAGUGGAAAACCUUACAUUGUUUUUCACCUUAGUUUAUAUCUGUAGGUUAUUCAAAUGGUAUUGUUUUGAAGUCACUGCUAUUUUUAAUCCAGCUUGCUCAGUUCUCUUUUUAAACAGUUAUGAGCUGACGUCGUUCUGCGGUUUUAGUGUCUCCAGGUUUUAUUUCGUUUUGUUUUAUUUCUUUGUAAGAAAU